AUGGCGAUGAUAAGCAAGACCCUCGUUUUCACGUACAUCUACCUUCUGAUUUACAUCAUCCUCUCCUCCGGCGUCAUCCUCUACAAUAAGUGGGUUCUCUCACCCAAGUAUUUCAACUUCCCCUUCCCCAUCACGCUCACUAUGAUUCACAUGGCAUUCUCCGGCAUGGUCUCCUUCUUCCUCGUCCGCGUUUUCAAGGUUGUGUCUCCUGUCAAAAUGACCUUCGAAAUAUAUGCCACUUGUGUCAUACCCAUAAGCGCCUUCUUCGCUGCAAGUCUUUGGUUUGGUAACACUGCAUAUUUAUAUAUUUCAGUGGCCUUCAUCCAGAUGCUUAAGGCUUUAAUGCCAGUGGCAACUUUUAUCAUGGCUGUAUUGUGUGGCACUGACAAAGCAAGGUGUGACGUGUUCUUAAACAUGUUGGUGGUCAGUGUUGGAGUUGUCGUUUCCUCGUACGGGGAAAUCCAUUUUAAUGUAGUUGGCACAGUUUACCAGGUUACUGGCAUCUUUGCAGAAGCACUUAGGCUGGUCUUAACUCAAGUUCUUCUACAGAAGAAGGGCUUGACCCUGAAUCCUAUCACCAGCUUAUAUUACAUAGCUCCAUGCAGUUUUGUGUUUCUGUUUGUACCUUGGUAUCUACUGGAGAAACCAGGAAUGGAAGUCUCACAGAUUCAGUUCAAUUUCUGGAUUUUCUUUUCUAAUGCACUCUGUGCAUUAGCCUUGAACUUCUCCAUAUUCUUGGUGAUUGGAAGAACUGGGGCAGUCACCAUCAGGGUUGCUGGUGUACUUAAAGACUGGAUAUUGAUAGCCCUUUCAACCGUCAUAUUUCCCGAGUCUACUAUAACUGGCAUGAACAUAAUUGGUUAUGCAAUUGCACUUUGUGGUGUCGUAAUGUACAACUACUUAAAGAUCAGAGAUGUCCGCGCAUCAUCGCAGCUCCCUGAAGCUGCUUCUGAAAGAAUGCUGAAGGAUUGGAAACUGGACAAGAAGGCAUCUGAUAUAUAUGCGCCUAAUAAUGGCGGUGAUGGCAGUACAGCAAACAUCUUAUCAUCCUCCGAUGCUGCAGAUGAGGAAGCACAACCUCUGGUUGCAUCCUCGAGAUUGUCUCAUGUUGGGCGUACACAGGCUAGUAACCACGGUGGAUGA